AUGAAAACAUCAAUUCUUGCUUCUACUGCUCUUGUCUGUUGUGGUUUAGCUUAUUUGAAUCACCAAUUUGUAAAUGCUGCUGCUGAAGAUAAAUCAUCAUCGGCCAAUGUUAAAGUAGUUUAUGUUGAAAAAGAUGGAGCUGUUUCUUCCGAUAGUGUCGAAUACUUGUUCAGUUCUGCCAUUUCUCAAUUUAUUUGCCAUUUGAUUGCAUUCCUCUUACCUGCUUAUGCUUCUUUCAAGGCAAUCAGAUCACCUGGUGGAGAUGAUGAUAAACAGUGGUUAACUUAUUGGAUUAUUUAUUCUUUUGUUCAUGUUAUUGAAUACUACUUGUUGAUCAUUGUUACUUUCAUUCCAUUCUAUUGGGAAAUUAAAAUUGCUUUUAUUCUUUGGUUGAUUGCUCCACAAACAAGAGGUGCCACAAUGCUCUAUCACCAAUAUGUUGAACCAUUGCUUAACAAGCAUGAAACUGAAAUUAAUGAAACUAUUGGAAAGGUUGGAUCUAGAGCUAGUGUUGUUGUUAAGGAUUUAACUAAUCAAGUUCUCCAAUCAGUUAUCAAUAAUAAGGUAAAUAAUGAAUAAAAGUUGAUUUUACAUUAG